GACCACUGCCAUCAACAUUGUUUUUCCUUGUAGUAAAUAGUGUCUGAUUCAGCGAUGCUGUGUCAUUGAUUGGGGAAGGCUUAAACUCGGCACUGAUUGGUCACAAACAAGAUAAUGCGCCUUGCUUACACCAUUAGAGGAAGCUGACAAUGUGCUGGAAGAUGGCAUAUCCUUUAUUUCUAUAGAGAAUCUAAUAAACCAAAAGCCCAGAUGAAUCUGACAUCUCGCACUAAGGAAAGCUUCAAAGUAACGGAACGUUAGGAUCAAUAGAAAAUCGGACAUUUCUUGAUUGAACACAGCAAAGGGUACAUCACAUUAAAGUGUGAAACUGUCAAUAAUUGAUGCAUGGUAAAGAGACAACAUGCCUUAUAGAUGUGGUACCACAAGAGGAAAUCCGACUCUGAAUUCCGUGUCAUGAGCAGAGGCCUCAAGGAAUCGCACAGAUAAAAGCAAGUCUGUCCUUGUAGUGUUACACAAUCAAAGUGGAGUGUGGAGUAUCCACAUCAUGCCUGGAUAUACUAUAGAUAGUGAGCCUUGAUCUGAAAAUACAAUCAAUAGGAAUAAUUACUCAACAACUCCAAUUAUAUUCCAAGUGAAGAAAAAAAAAGAUGACUGUGUUGUUUUUUUCCUGCAGCAGUUAAAAAUAAUUAAGACUUGAAAAAAGACUUGUAGAAUCGAUAGGCUGUGAGGUUCAUUAUCAGUGAUGAUGUCGCCUGAAUACUCCACCUCUUGUGUUCUUCAUGGUUUUUUGUUUUUAGUUUCUCUGUCCUCCAUAUCAAGCUUCAAGCUAGAAGGAUCUUCCUCUUCCUAUGCAAAAUUCCAGAAAUGGAAACCAUGUCAAAAUGGAUCGCUGCAUUUUGAAUUUCAAACUUCCAUGGCCAGUGCCCUACUUCUUUACACAGACGAUGGGGGAUUUACAGAUUACUUUGAGUUAUCCCUGCUGGUUGGGGCUCUUCAAUUGAAGGUCAAUUUAGGGGGGAGCCAGGUUAGAUUGAAUUUAGGGAACAAUUUGAAUGACAGUCGGUGGCACAAGGUUGGUAUGUUUAGACAGGGAAGGACAGUGACGCUAACGGUGGAUCAACUGUCUACGUCCCAAGAGUUUUAUGGACGUAACUUAGAAUUUGGCCGUGGGAGAAACAGUCCUGUAUUUAUCGGAGGUCUUCCCUCACUUUACAAUGACAGACAAUCAGACCUGACUUUGCAGCAUGUUAUAUACCAACCAUUCCUGAAUGGAUAUGUUCGUAAUGUUUUGUACAGUAAUUGUGGGGAGUCGCUGAUUCGGCCAGAGAUGCUGGAUUCUAGUGGAAUUGUGGGGGAGACAAAUCUUUGCUCACGUCACCUGUGUAAAAAUGGAGGGGUUUGCAUCACUAGAGAUACACAGACCACCUGUGACUGCAGCAGGACUGAUUAUGAAGGAAAGUUUUGUGAAAUUGAAUCAAAGAAGUCAGAGGUAACCUUCUUUGGGUCGGAAUACAUCUUCUAUGAUUUCAUGGCACAAGGCAUGGAUCCCAUCAGUAGUCAGACAGACAGGGUGGAAUUCUAUUUCAGAACCAAACACCAUACCAGCUUCCUCUUCUACACAGGAGAAAAGAGUGACUACAUUAGUAUUGCUCUGAAGAAUGGGAGAGUCAUGGUAAUAGUGAACCUGGGUGGUGGAGAGGCUAAGUUAGAUAUAGGUCCAAGUGGUUACCGCUUCGAUGACAACCAGUGGCACCACCUACUGUUAACCAGACAAUCAAGGAAGCUGACAAUAGGAAAUGCCAAGUACAUAGUACAACUCACUGUGGAUGGGAUUCACACUACAGAGCGCAGCAUGGUGGGCGUGUUUACAAUGCUGGACAGUAAGGUGCUGUAUGUCGGAGGACAUCCCCAUGCCACAAGACUCGGACAGGGGAUCAUUGUCACUAACAACUUCAAAGGGUGUAUGAAAAAGGUUAUUUACACCGCUGAUGGCUUAAAGCUUGACCUGAGCAAAAUGGCUUCCACCAAAAAUAGUUUUGUCCAAGUGGAGGGAGCAAUGACCUUCAACCAAUGUCAAGAUGUUGUGGAAACCAAACCCAUUACUUUCACAACCUCUGAGUCCUUCAUCCCCCUCCCUCGAUGGGAGGUAAGCAGAGAGGGGGCCACCCUCUCAUUCACAUUCCAGACCAGUGAGGACAAAGGAGUGGUCAUUUACAAUAGUCGCAGAGGAAAUUCAGACUUCUUUGCUUUCGAGAUAUUUGAUGGUUAUUUAUGGUUUAUUAUAGAUUUAGGUUCUGGUGCAUUCAAAGAUAGAAUUACCACAAAAGUGAAUGAUAAAAUGCAACACCAUGUGUCCUUGAAACACUAUGCUUCUGGAAAAUCGGGCUCUUUUACACUGGACAAUGAAACAAAAGACUACGUAGUGCCAGGGAAUAGUACAAAUUUGAACUUGGACGGGGAGCUAUAUGUGGGAGGUUUUGGAACCUCUAAUGAUGACAUUCCUAAGGACCUUUGGGCAGGGACCCUGGGGUAUGGGUAUGUAGGAUGCAUGCAAGAUCUAGUGGUAAAUGGAAAUAAAGUGGACCUUUUGAUGGUGGCAAGAAAGAACAGCCGGUCGGGAAUUGGGGAUGAGUGCAAGGUUGAACCCUGGGCCAAGUGCUUGACUCGACCAUGUCUGAAUGGAGGGGUCUGCUCAGAGGGGUGGAAUCGAUACAUGUGUGACUGUCGGGGUACUUCACACAGGGGCACACAGUGUCAGUCAGUGGCGGCCAGCCUAUCCUUUGAUGGAGGUCAGUACAUGAAGGUCGUGUUUCCCGAGGAGUCUGAGACCGAGGUGGAGGAUGUCUCUCUCCGGUUCCAGACGGAGAGAGAAUCUGGACUCCUUCUGGUGACUUCCUCCCAGAAAUCCGCGGACUCAUUGAUGCUGUACCUAGACAGGGGAAAACUCAAACUUGAGAUCAACAUCAACGGAAAGAGAGAGCAAAUGACAAUUGGUCGAGAAAAACUAAAUGACGGUGACUGGCACACAGUGUACUUUACUCGGCGCGGCGAUACAGUCACUCUGAAAGUGGACAAUAACGAUCCAAGUGCAGUAGCGUUUUCUUCCUCCUAUGUGAAGGUCAUGAACAUAAAAAUCUUGUUGCUAGGUUCCCCUGGCCCAAUGCUUUCUGACACAUAUCCCAGAGUGCAGCAGUCUAUGAACCUUCUUCAGAUGGAGGCUGGACGAAGCCUUAUGCCAUUAGAUGAUUUAUACCUACGCCAGAUCCCGGGAUUUGUGGGAUCUAUGCAACAACUGUACUUUAACAACAAAGAGAUUAUUCAGCUCGCCAAGGCAAACUCGCUUCCAAAUGUCAAUAUAACAGCCAAGUUUGACAGUGACAAACCAGUGUUGAAAGACACUGUGACUUUUAAAUCAAAAGAUUCUUAUGUUGCACUUCCAAAAUUACAAGCCAGGAAUCAGUUUUCCAUUUCAUUCCAGUUUAAGACUGUAGAAUCAGAUGGUUUGUUAAUGUAUAAUGGUGGACAGGGGCAGGACUUCAUAGCUGUUGAGCUGCAGGAUGGGUAUCUUCAUUUACUGUUUAAUAUGGGGGGUGGAUCACAGAGGGUGGUGGUCAACACUCAACAACGACUCAACGACAACCAGUGGCACCUGGUCUCCAUACAACGACCUGGCUUGGAACAGAUGCAGAUCCGAGUGGACGAUGAACACCCCACCAUCAGUGACCUGUCCGGAUCAACUAGCGUGCAUCUGGAUCUGACUGGAAAUCUGUAUGUUGGAGGAGUCAGUAAAUCCAUGUACAACAAUAUGCCGUACUCUUCCCGUCAUGGCUUCCAGGGGUGUAUGGCCUCCGUAGACUUCAACGGACAGGGCCCUAACCUGGUGAGACAGGCUCUGAAGAUUUAUGCUGUGGAAGAAGGUUGUCAAGGCCCCAGUAAUAGUUGUCGAUCUGACUCAUGUCAGAAUGGAGGAUACUGUAUAGAACAGUGGAACAGCUUCCAGUGUGACUGUGAUAUGACCUCCUACACCGGCCAGACAUGUUCACAAGAGAGCAAGACUGUUAAGUUUGGUCCAGGCCCAGGUCUGAUCACCUACUAUUUCCCCCCAAACUCCCUCCCCAGCCGCUCCAGUGAUAGACUGGCCUUCGGAUUCAGGACGACCCCUGACCUAGAUAAACAGGUCACUCUUCUCCGUGUGGAGAGUGAGACAGGGACAGACUUCCUAGAAGUGGAAAUUGUUGAUGGUGCAGUGCUCGUCUCUUAUAACAUGGGAUCACAGAUGACCAUUCCUAUUGGAGACCAUUUCAUCAAAGUUAAUGAUGGUGACUACCAUGUCGUCAGGGUAACACGUGAUGGGGCAGCAGCCACACUAAAAAUUGACGACUUCGAUGUAAUCAGGAAAAACCCCAGCAAAAAUGAACAACAGUGGAGUGUCUUCAAUAAUCAGUCCAAGAUUCUUGUGGGUGGGAAUGGAAAUGCAAGACAGCAGAAUGCCUUUACUGGAUCUAUCUCAGGGUUGGUGUUUAAUGGUUUAAGAGUGAUUGACCUUGCCUGUGAAUUAGAUCCUUUCGUUGUUACUCGGGGUAGUGUUCAGCUCUGUCCUAUAAGUACCAGGAAACAUGAAAUGCAAUCUACAGAAGGAAUACGGAUAGAUCGUAAAAAUAAUGAACAGAAAAUUGACAAAAAUGGUGCUAAAUCAGGAAAUGCUAAAGGGAAACCAGCCUCUGCUAAAGACAAUACACUGCUACCACCAUCUCAUCAAACUAACAGAGAUUUUCCCCAGCAAAAACAAAGAGAUGUCACAAAAAAACAAAUUUACCUGAAAGAAAGUGUUGUAAAGUUUCCAUUAAUGAACUCAGUGGAACUAAAACUGUCAGGUGAUGUGAAAAAAGAACCUAAGGAUGUUCUGAUGGAUUACAUGAGUGAUGAUGCUGACUUUGAUAACAUUGCCGAUUACCAAGGAUCAGGACACGGGAACCAGGGAAGGACUAGUCAAGAAGAUUUUCCUUUCCUCUAUGCACAAUCUGGUCAUCAAAUCAACCUCUUCCCAAAAUCGGAUAAUGGGAAUUCCUUCCUCCCACAAAAGAAUAACCAGAAAUGGAAAGAUGGGAAUUCGGGAUAUGAGAAAAUGAAGAGUCAGUUUGGAGACUCCAUCCAUCAUGUGAUUCCAAGAAAGUUACCUGAAGCAUCAUCCAGGUCCAACCAUCUGAGGCCAUUGUCAAACCACAAAAUUGUCAGGGAUGAGGGUGAGAGGGUAGUUGUGGGAAAAGGGGAGUCUCACGUUACUUACAUCCCCAUCACUGAAAUACACAGCACUCCUCUGGAGGGCGUGACAGAUGACAUAAUUAUCCCAGCAGGGUCGGGGGAUGGAGGAAUCAAGUGUCCAGUAGAUGAUGAGGAUGAUUGUGCUUCAGACGAUGCAUCAGAUAACAUCAUCUCCACCACUGUAACAUUUACAUACAAACCAACCACAAAACCACCACUGAAAAGCACUGAUGUUGGACCAUGUUCCCCAAAAGAUUCCUUAAAUUGUGAUAAUCAAGUAGAGAGUACUAAUUUGAUAAAUACGGACAAAAAGAAUUCUUCUGUGCCUAUGAAAGGGAAUGGCAAAACUUCAACAGAAUAUCCUCUAAUUCCUGCAAAUAGAAAUCGUGAACAGGAAGUGACACAGACACCAAACCUUGCCCUUAUUAUUGGCAUUGUGGGUGGGGUGUUGGUGGCUUUGAUAAUUCUAAUUAUAGCUUUGUAUAAAUUCCGGAGUCGUGAUGAAGGCUCUUAUAAAGUGGACGAAAGUCAGAACUUUGCAUUUCUGGAAAAGAAACAGCAGCAGGGUAAUGGCCAUGGAGCGUUGCUAGGAAACCACAGCAGUGGAGGUGGAAAGUCGGGGAAGAAGAAAGAUGUUAAAGAAUGGUAUGUGUGAAGUCAGAGAAGACCAAAGCCUGGAAUUUCUGCAGAAUCUGUAUCAGAAGGUGGUCUCGUGGAUGACCAGAUGUGAAAGAAAUUAAAUAUGUAUAGUUAACCAGUGCAUUUAAAAUCUUAGAAAUAAUUGAAAGAUACAAUAAUGGCUCUACAGAAACUGGACAUUUCCAGUCAUUGUGGACUUCCAGUUUUAUUACACUGUGUACCAUACUGUGAAUCAGAUCUUCCUUUAUUCAGUUUGGAAGCAUUGGCAAAGUUUGAUUGUAAUGAUUGAAGAGAAAAUAUAUAUUAAGCAGAGAAUAAGAAUUAAUAUACACAGGCUUUGGCUUUUCUGAUGAUCCUAGUGAUUUGGAGACUGCCACUGUGAGCUGACGAGUUCAGCUUUGACGUGUGGACCAUAUCGGUGCUUUCAGUGAAGUGUGACUAGCACGGCUCUAAGCUAUGUUGUGAUUGGACGACAUUUUUUCUAUGAAGUUAGUGAUAGUUUUUUUUCAGUAUUCUUUUGCCAAAUAGUUUUUGGACCAUGUACAACAUGCAUUCCUAGCUUAUAUGUAAAGAGAGAGAGAGAUCAAAAUUCAUUCCAAACACAUUAUUUGUAAAACAUCAAAGGCUUUUACAUUAAAGUCCAUCAAUUGACAUGGAUUGACCUCCAAAGGAUGUGUAAAUAUUAUUAACAAGUUAUUUACGUAACUUUAACAAUUAUAUGUCUUUAAACUGUAUAUUAGUCAUCUUUGCUGUUCUCAAUUUUUUAAGACAGAUGUCAUGAAAGAAGCUCCAAAAACGAAAAAUGUUUUUUGAACUUUGAGAGAAUUUUAUCAUGCAAAAAUGUACAUAUUGAGUUUUUCUAGUUCUUUUUACACCUAGGUACCUGCAAUAUUUCUCCCUUCAAUUAGUGAACAUAAAUCACUGUUUACUUGAUUGGGAAAGUACAUUCAUGAUUUCAAUUUCUUUAUCUUGGUGUAAAAAAUAAUUUACAUCAAAAGGCAAAUCACUCUUACUGCAUUAAAUUAUCAUGUAAUUAGAACUUCCUAGUGAGUAGUGUUGAGUUUUCUUUAAAAGACUGCCUAUUCCCUUUAUAGAGUGAUACAGUUUACCUUUCAAUUGAGAUUACAUACCUUUAUUCUCUCUGUAAUAACUUUCAGUAUUAGGAAGUCUCAUUUUCAGCGUAUUUUGUACAUUUAUUUACAUGUAUAGAUAUUAUUCAUAAUUUACACAUAUUUGAACUCAUCUAGUUUUUGUUUUUUUCUUUUAAAUUGUAAUUUUAGAAUUGUAAUACUUUAUCCUUCAUCAGAACCCCCAAAAAUUAUGUAUUAUCUUGUGAUUUGAUUGUUACACCAGAAAUGAACAAAUUUCAAUAUUGUAAAUAGGUUUCCCUUCCAUGUGUACCGGGGUGUGUGAAAUAAUUGUUUUAUUAUAUCAUUGUAGCUGCAGCAGGUGUUUUUUAUAUACUGGAUCGUUAACACUGUGUAUGAUAGAGUCAUUGUUACAAUCAUGACGUAAUGCUCCCAGUGCAAUAUUUGAUUUGCUUUGCGUGAUAAUUUUACCUGUCUUUUGGCCACUGUUUCGUAAUGUUUUUGUUGAUGAUAGAGUUUUUUGUGCCAUACGUUUUGUUGAGAGAAUGUGAACAAAGUUGUAUAUAAAUGCAAAUAAAACUGUUUACAAAAACA